AUGGGAAACCAUACAAGAGUGACAGUGUUUGUCCUGGCAGGCUUGACUGAUGACCCACAAGUGAAGGUUGUAUUAUUCAUCUUCCUGCUCCUCACCUAUUUGCUAAGCAUCACCGGCAACCUGACCAUCAUCACACUCACCCUGCUGGACCCUCACCUCAAGACACCCAUGUACUUUUUCCUUCGGAAUUUCUCCUUCUUAGAAAUUUCCUAUACUUCUGCCUGCAUUCCUAAAUUGCUGGUUAUGAUGGCAACCGGGAACAAAGCCAUUUCCUAUAACUGUUGUGUAACUCAAGUGUUUUUUGUCUUCCUCCUUGGAGCAUCUGAAUUUUACUUGCUGGCCGCCAUGUCCUAUGACCGGUAUGUGGCCAUCUGUAAGCCCCUGCACUACACCACCAUCAUGAGCAAUAAAAUCUGCACGAUGCUCGUCUGCUGCUCUUGGGUAUCUGGUUUCUUCACCAUCUUCAUACCUCUCCUCUUAGGCCUGCAACUUGAUUUCUGUGACUCCAACAUUAUUGACCAUUUCUACUGUGACACAACACCUCUCAUGCAGAUUUCCUGCUCGGACACGCGCCUGAUAGAGACCGUGGGGUUUAUUUCUGCUGCAGUGACACUUCUGGUCACAUUGGUCAUGGUAAUAAUAUCAUAUACUUAUAUUGCAUUAACGAUUCUAAAGUUUCCUUCCACAAGUCAAAGGAAAAAAGCUUUUUCAACAUGUUCCUCUCACAUGAUUGUUAUAUCUCUGUCCUACGGCAGCUGCAUCUUCAUGUAUGUGAAGCCAUCAGUCAAGCAAAGAGUAUCUUUUUCUAAGGUAAUUGCUGUGCUCAAUACCUCUGUUGCUCCACUUCUGAAUCCUUUCAUCUACACCUUACGGAACCAACAAGUGAAGAUAGCCUUUGUGAAUACGAUACAGAAGUUGAGCUCUUUCUUGAAAAAAUGA